AUGCCGGCUCUGAACUCUGCUGAGAAAGAAGUCAAACCUAUGGCGCCGUCUCCUAACGAUGAAGUCGGUACCCUCGAUGCCAAGGAGUCUCAAGCAGAAAACGCCCUGAUACGAAAGCUGGACUUGUACAUUAAGCGGAAAGAUUCAAAACGCGCGGCUGCGGUUUAUAUUGCAGUAACUCUCUCCGGUGCCUUCGGCGGCCGCUUCGCGUGGGUCCUGACGCAGAUCGAUGGCGUCCCCGGCUACGCUGGGUGGAGGUGGACCUUCUUCGUCGAAGGCGCCAUCUCAUCCUGUUUGGCAUGCGCAAACUCGUUUCUAUUUCCAAACGCUCCAGAAACAGCACGCUUUCUCAACCCGGAUGAAAAGCGCCUCGCCCAAUUCCUCGCCCGAUUCCGAAUCGAAAGCCAAGACAAGGACGUCCCGUUGAGAUGGUCCCAGGUCGUGGUGGCCCUGAAACCCCUGAUUUGCUGGUUGUCUGGUUUCAUCCAACUCUGCGCCGGUGUCUACUACCAUCCCUUGUCAAUCUUCCUCCCGACUAUCCUCACCCGUCUUGGCUACGGUUCCCUGCAGACGCAGUACCUUACCAUUCCAGUCUACCUCUUUGCUACGGUGAUGUGUUCUUCUAUGCCUGGUUAG